UUUAUUUUAUUAUUUUUUUUAAAUUUAUUUAUUUAUUUACUUACUUACAUAUUUCUUCCUACAAGUACAAGCAUCAAAUUAUCAGGAAGAAGUGAAAUCUGCAGAGACAGAGUUUAUUGAAGGACAGAGAGAACAUGAGAGAUCCAGAACCCUGCAGAAUGAAACACACUGAAGAACAAACAGGCAGACCAAAACCUAUGAGAUGGCGUGACACCAGAUAAGAGCACAUGCUGCCCCAUCAGUCCAAUUUAAACAGAUGUCGCGUUACAAACCGGAGAUCUGCUCCUCCUUCAGUGAAGCUCCUCCCAUAACAAUCACACCUUCAGUGAAGCUCCUCCCACAACACUCACACCUUCAGUGAAGCUCCUCCCACUGCAGUUCAGCAAUAAAUGCUGGAAUAUUCCCAUCAGUCUACAAGUGAAGACGAGCAUCAGAGCAUCAGGAAGAAGUGAAAUCUGCAGAGACAGAGUUUAUUGAAGGACAGAGAGAACAUGAGAGAUCCAGAACCCUGCAGAAUGAAACACACUGAAGAACAAACAGGUCAAAGGAAGGGAUAAAUGAAGAUUGUAAGUGUUGCUGUGUCUCUUUUUCUUCAAUGGCUCUACCUUUUCUGUGACUCUCUUCUUGGGGCUCUUCUCUCAGACCUAAUGGAGGAAAAACAACAUGUCAAAACUGGAAACAAAACUCGCUCACAGACUGAAAGAGUUUCUUUACUGAAAAGAAAAGACAAGAAAAGCUUCACCUGCUCUCAGUGUGGAAAGAGUUUCACAUACAAACAGCAUCUCAGUGUUCACAUGAGGAUCCACACUGGAGAGAAACCAUUCACAUGUGAUCAGUGCGGGAAGAGUUUCGCACAACAAGGACACCUUGAGAAACACAUGAACAUCCACACUGAAGAGAAGCCAUUUACAUAUGAUCAGUGUGGGAAGGUUUUUAAACAAGAAGUAACCCUUAAGAUGCACAUGAACAUCCACACUGGAGAGAAACUGCACCCAUGUGAUCAAUGCGGAAAAACAUUUUUGUGGGCUUCAAACCUGAAGGUGCACCUGAAAGUUCAUACGAAGGAGAAACCACAUUCAUGUUCUUUCUGUGGAAAGAGUUUUUCACAGCUGUGGAGUUUAAAAGUUCAUCAGAAGAUACACACUGGUGUGAGAGAUCACAUGUGCUUUGAGUGUGAGAAGACUUUUAUUACAGCUGGUCAGUUACAACGACACCAGAGGAUCCACACUGGAGAGAAACCUUACAAGUGUUCACACUGCGACAAGAGAUUCAGUCGGUCAGAAACUCUGAACGCACAUGAGAGGAUCCACACUGGAGAGAAACCGUAUCACUGCACUGCAUGCGGGAAGAGUUUCACUCAUUCAUCUAAUCUACUCGCGCAUACAAAUAGGAUUCAUAGUAAAUAGAUAAUCUUUCAGGUCUUAUGCCGCAUCCUCAUCAAACAUGACACAAUAAUGGAUGGGAAAAUAAAAUCUCUUCUGUAUAAAUCUGUCCUAAUCAGCUCUAACAUGCAGCAAGAAAAAUAUACAUCUUUUGUAGUUUUCAUAGUGAUUAAACUUCAUCUUCAAGACCAGCAGAUUCAUCUGUGAGAUUCAGAUUGACUCCAAGAUGUUCCCAAACAACAACAUCUAAAAGAUUUCUUCCAGAAUGUCAUUUUACUUUAUGAUAUUAAUUAUAUCAUUGUGCAUUCCUACAAGUUUUGUUUUGUGUUUAGUUUGCUUAUAAUGCAUGUAUCAGCUUUGAGUUUAGUUUGCUUGUAAUGCGUAUGUAUCAGCUGUAGUUUGUCUACAACACAAAUUCUGGAAAUGUUGGGACGUUUUUUUUUUUUAUUUAAAUAAAAGGAAAACUAAAAGACUUUCAAAUCACAUGAGUCAAUAUUUUAUUCAUAAUAGAACAGAGAACAUAACAAAUGUUUAAACUGAGAAAUGUUACACUUUUAUCCACAACAUGAGCUCAUUUCAGAUUUGAUGCCUGCUACAGGUCUCAAAAUAGUUGGGGCAUGUUUACCAUGAUGUAGCAUCUCCUCUUCUUCAUCUGGGCAUCGAGGUUAUGAGUUCCUGGAGUUUUGGUUGGAAUUUGGUCCCAUUCUUACCUGAUAUAGGUUUCCAGCUGCUGAAGAGUUUGUGGUCGUAUUUGAUGUAUUUUUUGUUUAAUGACGAUGAAAUGAUGAAGAUGCUGUGACACUUUUAAGAGAAACUGACAUUUAUAUUUAUUUGUUCUUCACUGUUGCUUUUAAAACAACUUCCACUUAUGGUGUAUUUUAGAAAACACAGAUGUAAGAUAUACUGUAAUUUAGUUUUGCAGCUGGCCCCUUCUUCAUUUUUAUUCUCAUGAGAUGCUUUGUUAUCUUGUUAGUCAAUAAAGAGAGAUCUGUCUCAUUCGUUUUCACUUUUUAUAUUUGCUUCAAGUAUUACAAUUUUAUUGUCUAUUUUUAUUGUCUGCUGAUACU